AACCAGUAAAAGUUAAUAUUGAAUUCAAGAAUCCUUUGCAAAUCCCUAUUUCCCUCUCAAGUGUUACUUUGAUAUGCGAGCUUUCUCCAAGAUCUGAUGAAACGAAUAUGGAUGCAGGUAACUCAACCAUUGAGCUUCAGAAAGAGGAAGAAUUAAAAAGUUCUACAACCAUGGGGGAUAUGAGUUCUGAAGUUUCUUCAUUUACUUUAUCUGAGGCUGAUGUUCUGUUAGAAAGCGGUGAAGCAAUUUUGGUACAACUAACUGUUACUCCCAAGGUUGAAGGCAUUUUGAAAAUUGUUGGCGUUAGAUGGAAACUAUCAGGUUCUGUAGUUGGUCUGUAUAACUUCGAGACUAAUGUUGUCAAGAAGAGAAUUGCAAAGGGAAGACGGGGAGCAAAGUCUUCUCCUAGCAAUGACUUGAAGUUUCUGGUUAUCGAGAGUCUACCCAAGCUUGAGGGCUUCAUUCGUCAUAUACCAGAAAGAGCAUAUGCUGGAGAUUUGCAGCACUUAAUUUUGGAGUUAAGGAACCCAUCAGAAUUUUCUGUGAAGAAUUUGAAGAUCAAGGUCAGUCAUCCGAGAUUCCUUUGUGUCGGGAAGCAGGAUGAAUUGAUGAAAGAAUUUCCUGCUUGCUUAGAAAAGAAGACAGUUGCUGAACAAAGUGGUGCUCUUGGUAACUCUAGUAAAAGGCCUCAUGCUCUGUUUUUAUUUCCAGAGGACAUAACAGUACAAGGCAACGCACCUUUACUGUGGCCUCUCUGGUUUCGCGCUGCUGUCCCUGGAAAUAUUUCCUUGUUGAUAACAAUAUAUUAUGAGAUGGGAAAUAUGUCAAGUGUCAUAAAAUACCGAACCCUACGAAUGCGUUAUAACAUGCAGGUUUUACCAUCAUUGAAUGUUGCAUAUCAAAUUAGUCCCUGUCCAUCGAGAUUGCGGCAGUUCCUUGUGCGCAUGGACAUUUUAAACCAGACCAGUUCAGAGAGUUUCCAGGUUCAUCAGUUAUCAGCUGUUGGGCACCAGUGGGAAAUUUCAUUGCUUCAACCUUUUGAUGUCAUCUUUCCUUCAAAAUCUUUAUUUACUGGUCAAGCAUUAUCAUGUUUCUUCAUCCUUAAGGUUGAUUCUCUUUAUUUUUUUCCUCUUUAUCUCUGCGUAAGAAAUGACUGAUUUUCUUUUGUUGUCUAUAUAAAAAAGAACAAUUAUAAUCAUUGUGAUUUCUGUUAUUAAUGCAUGAUUGUCUGUAUGUAACUACUAUUUUGUUAACUUCUCAAAUCUUAAUAAUCAAGGUGGUGUUUGGGUGGGUUGAAGCUGAUCCAAUCUCAGCAUUAGCUGAGCUCCCUACGAUUGGAGUUUUUCAAUUUUGGGUUGAGAAUUAUUAAGCAGAACUUAGUUUUGGUUAAGCUAGUUGAGUCUUCUGCAACCCAUCUUGACCUGUGAUAUUCAUAUGAAUCUAGAGAUUAGAAUCAUUAUUUUCCUUGAUGAAGGGAUGGUUUGGUGCACUUGUAGUGUCUUAAUUCUUCUUUGAAUCACUUGUCUGUACAAUUCAGAAUAUAUUUGUUGAUUAAACUAGCCCAGCCAGGCCUAAGCUGCUCUAAAUCAAGCUCCGAAGAUUAAGGAUAGUUUGAGUUGGAUGGGUUUGGCAUGUUUUUGAUGUGUGAUUACUAGGGUGUGCCUAGCCGCCUCAUUUGCAGCCGUAACUUGCUUCACCUUCUUCCUAAUUUGUCAAUGUCAGCAUCAGAUUCAAAAUCAUUAGUCCAUGCAUUAGUUUGUCAGAGCCGUACUUAUGACUUUGAAUUAUAUUCUUUAUUCUAAUAUUACACUGUCUGCUUCAACUUCACCAAUUUGCAUUGU